UUUAAUCCAAAUAGAAAUUACCAUUUCAGAUUUUACAGCUUUUUUUUUACAAUACAUUUGCAUAUUAGGUCAGGUUCUGAACAGAACAAAUGAUUAAACAAUUUUCCAGGAAUCUAUUUUUAUAAAAAAAAAUAAAAAAACGAUCUAAACCUAACCUACACAUUAUGGAACGGCAGGUUUUGUUAAACAUUUACCAGUUAUGUAGAACCUAUAGUUCCCACACCCACCCAUCCAUAACAUAGAACUCCACUAGUCUAGACAUACCCAUGACAGUACAUUGCUUUUAGUUUAGUCAUGGGUUUAGGUAGCAGUUGAAUAUUCCUUUUAUGAUCAUCUAUAUCAGGUGCCUCAAUGCCAUGUUCAUGCUCCCGUGUGUAUUGAAGGGUUUUAUGUAGCUGUGUGUGUGAUCUUUUAUCUCAGAAUAGACAUUAUCUUGUACCAGAUUUCAGAAUUCUCUAGUCUCUGUGCCUGUCAGGCUUCCAACCCAGAACUGGUACAAACUGGUCUGUAGCCACAGCAGCAGAUUGAUUUGACAGGUCUGGCUCUACGGGUUUUACAACCAUCAAAGCAAAUGUAAAAACACUAAACCAUGAUUAGUUAUUAAAUAACAUUCACCUUCUGUAUGCUUUGUCUUUAUGAUGCGUUUAGUAUAAUGGUACUUGGCAUGAAUUGCUUUCUAGUUUUUAAUUUGUAGGCUCGUUAAAGUAGUGUACAAAUACCAGGCUGUACUUAAAAAGCAGUCAGACUACCAGCAGUUGAUCAACACUGUCCAAUGGCCUUAGGCCCUGUGCACAUCCAAACAUGACCAGGAACUGGAUUGAAUGAACAGUUCAGAGAACUAAAUGGAUCCGUACACGCUUGGCUACUCCCGAAGUGGAGUGUUUAUCAGUCAUAACAUGCCAGCCUGUAGUAGGGUCUUUAUCAGUCAUAACAUGCCAGCCUGUAGUAGGGUGUUUAUCAGUCAUAACAUGCCAGCCUGUAGUAGGGUCUUUAUCAACAAACCUCCAGGUUUUUAUCCACACUACACAGACAAGGGGCAUGACAUGGCUGCUGGACUAGUCCCAUGUGUUAGACUCCCCCCUGAUGGUCACGUGCCCCACCCCCAUGGCAGAAUGAUGUCAAGGUAUGUCAUCCUGAGCCCUGAGGUGAAUGGAAGGUAAGUACAGUAGACGGUAAGCAAUGUUUUAAUUACUUUUAUAAAGAUUGAAUCUUCCCAGAAUGUUAUUACUUCACACAUGAUUUGAUAUCUGUAAUUAAAUGACCCCUAUCAAUAUGUAGGCUGUUUGUAAGACCGUGGUACAGGCCUACAUAGAUACCAUUACAGUACAAUACCUUUUUCCUUACAUAAAAAACAAACGUUUUGGUUAGUUGAUGUCUAUAGAGUUGAUAACCUGCCAAUAUGAGAUUCUCUGUGGAAGAAGAUACUAGACUACUGUAAUACAAUAACACUAUUGCCCACAUCUGACAUGGUUACUCUAUGUAGGUUGACUGAUUUAGUAUGGUAUCUGCUGUAACAAUAACACACCCACAUCUGACAUGGCUACUCUAUGUGAAGCUUGUGACUGAUUUAGUAUGGUAUCUGUUGUAACAAUAACACACCCACAUCUGACAUGGCUACUCUAUGUAGGUUGACUGAUUUAGUAUGGUAUCUGCUGUAACACACCCACAUCUAACAUGGUUACUCUAUGUGAAGCUUGUGACUGAUUUAGUAUGGUAUCUGCUGUAACACACCCACAUCUAACAUGGUUACUCUAUGUGAAGCUUGUGACUGAUUUAGUAUGGUAUCUGCUGUAACACACCCACAUCUAACAUGGUUACUCUAUGUGAAGCUUGUGACUGAUUUAGUAUGGUAUCUGUUGUAACAAUAACACACCCACAUCUGACAUGGUUACUCUAUGUAGGUUGACUGAUUUAGUAUGGUGUCAGCUCCUUCCUUUGUAUAUACAAUAUUUUUGUAAAUACUUUUCUGAAAAGCUCACAAGUGUUUCUGCAGUAUACAGGCAGCCUUUUUGUCUUUCUUGCAUGACUGACAUGACUGUUGCUUCUCUUUUUAGAUGCUGUGUCUGACAUCACGUCUGCCUCCAUGAAGCUCCUGGCCAGCUCUGAGAUCGCUGCUGCCUCGGUUAGCGAGAGGAGGCUCAUGCCCGCCGUCCAACACAUAGAAGACCGGACUGAAGAAUCCUCACUCGCUCCCGCCGAGGACAUUCUAGAACCCCUGGAGGUUCCUGAAGCUAAGGUAGAGGAGGAAGUAUCUGUGGAGGGGAAAGUGGCAGUAGAAUCACCAGCUGAAGAAGCAGAAGCAGCUGUCGUGGAAACUGAAGAGCCCAAACCAGAAGAGGAGGUUGUUGUUGCUGCCCCUGAUGUCACAGAGGAAGUGGUUGCUGAGGCAACCCCUGAGCCAGAGGAAGUAGUUCCGGUCGCCGUAGAGGAGGCUCCAGCUGCUGUUGCAGAGGAGGAGACGGCUGCACCUCCCCUAGAGGCCCCAGAGCUCCCCGUCGCUGUGGAAGUACCUGAGGCUGAGGCUUCUGCCGCUGUGGAAGUACCUGAGGCUGAGGCUUCUGCCGCUGUGGAAGUACCUGAGGCUGAGGCUUCUGCCGCUGUGGAAGUACCUGAGGCUGAGGCUUCUGCCGCUGUGGAAGUACCUGAGGCUGAGGCUUCUGCCGCUGUGGAAGUACCUGAGGCUGAGGCUUCUGCCGCUGUGGAAGUACCUGAGGCUGAGGCUUCUGCCGCUGUGGAAGUACCUGAGGCUUCAGCCGAGGAGGGACCAAUAGUAGAAGCACCAGCAGUAGAGGAAUUUUCCCCAGAAGAGGCUGCCCCAGUCGAAGAGGCAGCGCCAGUUGAGGCAGAGGUACCUGCAGCCGAAGAGGUAGCAGUAGUAGAGGAUGCUGCCCCAGUGGAGGAAGCCCCAGAGAUGGAGGAACCAGCAGCAGAGGAACCAGCAGCGGCAAAGGAGGCUGUGGAGACAGCCCAAGUGUCUGAGGAUGAGGCGCUCGUCGUGGAGGCGGCGAUGCUGGCAGCAGCCUCAGCCCUGGAUGUCGUGGCAGUGGAGGCGGAGGCAGCCCCGGCUGAGGAAGUCAAGGAGGCCCUCUUCACUUCAUGCCACCAAUGUGAAGCCCCAGCUUCUGAGGCUGUCCCAGUUGAGGCUGCUGUGGCAGUCACCCCCGUGGAGGUUGUAGAGGCUGCAUCUGUGGUGGAAGUAGAGGCUCCCCCUGCUGGUGUGGAGGAGGCAGUCAUCGAGGGUGAGGCAGUGGAGGUGACCGCGGAGGAGUGUGCCACCGAUUGGCCUGCUGAGGUGACCGCAGAGGCAGUGGAGGAAGCCAAGGUGGAAGGAGAGACUGCCAGGCCAGUAAAGAGGUCCUGCUCAGUGAUGUAAUAGUACAGAAGGUGCACAGAGUAUGAGCCUGAUGUUGCUGACAGCCCAGUCCUGACUGGAGACCAGCGAGAUGUGCCUUCUGGAACAGUCAACACCCGCAGCUGUCAAUCAAACAGGACGAUCAACAUAAAACACACACAGAAUUAGAACUGGUUGGAAUUUUAUUCUAUAAUUAUAUUAAACUAAUUAUAUUUAAAUGUUGUCUAAUGACAACAGUUGUCAACCUGGUAACUACAUUCCAGGUUCUCACUCCGUUUCUUGGUCUUGUAUUAUCCCUAUCCAUGGUGAGGUGACACUUCUGUAAGGGUUUGAAGUCUGACUUUAUUCCUAGGGUUCAGACCCAAAUGGCACCUUAUACCCUAUAUAGUGCACUACUUUUGACCAGGGCCCGUAGGGGAAUAGGGUGCCAUUUGGGACGGACAUCAACUAUUUCUCAGUACCACCCUGUUCCCCAAGGUGCCACUGUUACCAAGCUGACCAAGACCACUUGAAUGUAUUUGAAGUUACUUGAUAAAUGAUCGUGUACUUGACAUUGCCUAAUGAAUUCUGACUGUAUUUUUUUUGAUUCAAUGAAAUAAGAUCUGAAUUGGUGUAUUAAACAGUCGGCUAUUAGACAACGUCUAGAUAAUUGUGUUCUUCAAAGACUGUUGGGUUAGUUCUGCAUGGAGUUGUUUUAUUCAAUCAGGGAAUAUCUAGAUUAAGUUUAGUUCCCAAGCCAGUAGAUUGUUGGUAGACAGUAUUGUACCCAUGUGAUGUAAAAAUAAAAUGUAUUUUUCAGUCCAAUAACAAUGUAAUAGCUUUGCGGGUGGGUUGGGUGGUGGGGUGGUUGGUGGGGUGGUUGUGUGUGUGUGUGUGACACAGUAUGGAAAGACUAGUUGUUCAAACUAUCCUGUAGUUAUAUAUUCAUGUUGCUUGUGCAUAUUUUGUAUAGAAAGACUAGUUUGAAGAUCCAAACUAACACUAUCCUGUCACUAUAGCCAUGUGUAUAUUUUGUAUAGAAAGACUAGUUUGAAGAUCCAAACUAACGCUAUCCUGUCAUUGUAUAGUCAUGUUGUGUAUAUUUCAGAUGGAAAGACUAGUUUGAAGAUCCAAACUAACACUAUCCUGUCACUAUAGCCAUGUGUAUAUUUUGUAUAGAAAGACUAGUUUGAAGAUCCAAACUAACGCUAUCCUGUCAUUGUAUAGUCAUGUUGUGUAUAUUUCAGAUGGAAAGACUAGUUUGAAGAUCCAAACUAACACUAUCCUGUCACUAUAGCCAUGUGUAUAUUUUGUAUAGAAAGACUAGUUUGAAGAUCCAAACUAACGCUAUCCUGUCAUUGUAUAGUCAUGUUGUGUAUAUUUCAGAUGGAAAGACUAGUUUGAAGGUCGAAACAACACUAUCCUGUCAUUUAUUUAAGUCAUUAUGUAAUUACUAAAAAAGGUACUAUGAUGUCAUACUCAGAAACGUGUCAUAUGUUGUAUUUCUAAAUUAAAUGGAGCUGUACGCUUAUUCAGAAUGAACAAGUGGACUGUAAACUUCUGACUUUGAACUUCAUUGACAUGAUUCCAUAUCUAAUUAUGAGAUUCAAUUUGGAGAGCACUUUUUUUAAUGGAUGAAAUGAUCAAUUCAGUAAUUGUUUUAUGUAUAGUAUCUGUUAUUGUAAAGACUAUAAUUCUUUGUAAAUAAAUAAAGGUGAAUUAAACUGUU